AUGUCGACGUCGUCGCCGGCGAGCGGGGCCGCGUCGCCGGAGGCGGAGGGCGGCGGGGGCAGGAAGUACAAGGGCGUGCGGCGGCGCAAGUGGGGCAAGUGGGUGUCGGAGAUCCGGCUGCCCAACAGCCGGGAGCGCAUCUGGCUGGGCUCCUACGACGCGCCCGAGAAGGCCGCGCGCGCCUUCGACGCCGCCUUCGUCUGCCUCCGCGGGCCCGGGGCCGCCGGCGCCGACCUCAACUUCCCGGACUCGCCGCCGCCGCCGUGCCGCCACAGCGUCGACCCGCAGGAGGUGCAGGCGGCCGCGCUCUCCCACGCCAACCGCGCCACAGUCUCGGCCCGGGAGGCGGCCGCCGCGCUCAUGGACGUGGCCGACGACUGCUUCUCGCGGGCGCCGGCCGCGCUGUCGAUGGAGCAGUGGCCCGUGACACAGCCGUCGUGGCCGCAGCAUGAGAAUGGCGCCAUGGACAUUUUCGGCGGCGAGGUGGCGGCCGCGCCGGACGGCAGCAUCGACUGGCGCUCGGUCAUGGCGCACCAGCCGCCGCUCUUCUCGCCGACGGCCGGCUGGGGCAGCAAUGCGUACGACUUCCUGCAGGUGACGCCGCCACCGACGCAGGGCGACGAGGACAUGGAGGAGUGUGGCCAUGGCGCCAGCGCUUCCCUGUGGAGCUUUGACUCCCGAGACUCAUACUUCAGAUACUAG